AUGCGGAUAUCGACGCCGCCUUCAUCGUCACAUUUGGCAACCCCUCCGACAGCCAAUACUGUUCCUACCCCCCCCACCUGCACCAACACCGACGACCUCGAAUGGCAGAACGGCGGGCCCGCCCCGUCCCCCGAGAAACCGCCGAGCAGGAAGCGACAUUACUACCUCACGGCGAGGGGCACGGAGAUCAUGAGCGCGGUGGAGCUGGGGAUCGGGAAGCGCAUCACGAGUUUCGAGGUCGAUGAGGCGAAGGCGGAGGAGAAUGUGAGGAGGUUGGGGAAGCGGGACCCGCGCACCGAGUACCGGACUGUGGAUAAUGAGGUCGUGGAGCAUUUGUUUUCGGUUUGA